AUGGAAUACGAAGCAAAAGAACUUGAAAAAAAAGCAGAACAAUUGAAGAAGAAAGGUUUUUUUGCUUCUUUUUUUGGAAAUGAUAAUACAGAUGAAAUUAUAAAUUGUUAUAAUAUGGCUGCAAAUAAAUAUAAAUUAUCUCAUAAAUGGAAGGAAGCCUGUUCGUGUAUUUUAAAAAAUGCAAAUUUACAUAAAAAAAAUAAUGAAACUAGUUAUUGUGCUAAUGCAUAUUUAGAAGCAGGAAACAUAGCGAAAAAAUAUGAUAAAUUGGAAGCUAUAAAAUAUAUUGAAGAAUCAGUUAAUUUGUAUGCAACACUUGGACGAUUUUCUAAUUGUGGAAAAUGUGAGAAGAAUAUCGCAGAAAUCUAUGAAGAUUUAUGUGAAUAUGAUAACGCAUCUAAAUAUUAUAAAAAAGCAGCAUAUUAUUUUGAAAUGGACGAAUAUUCAAAAUCUGUUUAUACUCAGUGUAUUGUAAAAUAUGCUGAGUUAAAUUCUCAAUACAAUCAUGAAUAUGAAGAAGCUAUAUCUAUAUUUGAAAAAGAAGCAGAAAAAGCAUUAAAAAGUACACUUUUACAAUAUGGUGCAAGAGAUUAUUAUAUAAAGGCAGGAAUAUUACAUAUUGUAAUAGGUGAUUUAGUUAAUGCAAAAAUUUCAAUAGAUAAAUAUUGUAUGAAUGAUCCACGUUUUUUGAAUUCAAGAGAGAAAAAGUUCUUGGAUGAUAUAAUUGAAGCAGUUACAGAACAAAAUAUAGAAUACUUUGAGGAAAUAGUUCAUGAAUAUGAUCGUAUAACAAAAUUAGACAAUUGGAAAGUUCAUUUUCUUUAUAUUAUAAAAUCAAAAUUAAAUGUAGAACCCAAUGUAGAAUUAACAGCAGAUGGUGGUGUUGAUUUAACUUAA